AUGAAACGGACGUUCCGCGGGCCUUUCAUCUUCAUUCUUGGCGUCACUUUCUCCGGAUUCAUCUUCUCAAUGCACUAUACGCGGAGCAGAGAGUUAACGGUUAGUCCCACGGUAGAAAUGAAACGAGAGAAAAAUGAAAGGAUUCAGGAGCAGAGAAGUGUGUCACGGAUGUUCCCUGACGCUUCAUCUCCUGUACUUCCUCCCAGUUCGGCGACAGAUCAGAGCUCUUGUGAAUGUGUCUCUGAGGCAACGGGAAAGAAGUACCACUUCUGUUACGUCGAUCCGCAGAAUCCGCAGUCUGUUGGCAAGAAAUUCGAUUGUGCUCAUCUGAAACAUUUGGAGAAGCUCAGUGAGUUGUUCGAUUAUAGAAUCGGACCUUGCCGCAUCCUGUAAAGAUCGUAUCCCAAAAACCUACUAUACGGUUGUUUCGCUGAACUUCAGUUCAAAAAGUAUUCCAUAGACAUGUUUGCUUGUCAAUUUCCAAAGCAAACAUUAAUCAUAUUCAGUCUACAGAAAGAUGACCUUGUUUUGCAGAUCUCGUCGAGAACCCGGGCCCAUUCGUGAACCUUUCCGAUUCGAUAAAAAACGAACAAGAAGUGGUGUUCUGCUCGGCCGUCUCCGACAAUCAUUUCAACGAAGGGACCCAUUCUCUGGCGUCUCUCCGCCAGUUUUAUCCCAAAAGAAAGUACAUCAUCUAUGGGCUAGACCUGAACAAUCUCUACGCGGACUACUUUAAAAAGGAUGCGAAUGUGGAGUAUCGGCACUUUAACACUUCCGGAUAUCCGGAGUACGUGGGCGCGUGGAUGGAGUACAGAUUCAAGCCGUUGAUUCUGGCGGAAGUGAUGAAGGAGCACGCGAGCAUCUGGUGGAUGGACGCGCACAUCGCCGUCAAAAAGCCAAACAUGACGAAUGAGUUGUUCAGGGAAAUCGCCGAAAACCGGAAAAAUGCGAGCCAACCGCUGGUGAGCAACGUGAAAAAGUCCUUGAUAACCACUGAUCUCCGUUGCAGCCUUCGCCGAUCGUUUUCUUCAUUCAUGCCAGUCACAGUAACUUCGCAGUCAUGUUUCCACGUACUUUACAUCUGUCAGUUAUGUUCCUAAUCAUCUAAUUUCAGAACUGCUCGACUAUUUCCCAUCUAAUUCGGUUCCCUUGCUCAAAAACGAAGAGCACGGCUCUCAACUCGGCGCCAACACAUUUUACGUGGCACGGACAGAGUACACGGUCAAGAUCUUCAAAUGGUGGAUCCUGUGCGCCCUCGAUAAAACGUGCAUGAGCCCGCCGGGCUCGCAGGUCUUCUGCAGAUUCGGUUCAAAUCGAUUCGACGUCUUUGCGAACUGUUAUAGGUCCGUUUUCGAGGCAAUUAAAUGCAGCAAGAGAAACGUUUCAGGUUCGACCAAUCGGUGAUAAACCUGCUUCUUCUCAACGACUUUCAAGACCAUCACAAGUACUACUCAAAACUCGGAUAUCUCUUUUAG